AUGUGGACGAAAUUGUUCGUGGCUUCGUGCUUGAUUACUGUGGCAAGCGCACACUGGUGGAGAAAGUGGGAAGUCAAAGCUGCGGGCCAAGUGACUUGCGAUGGCAACCCGGUGGCCAGAGCGACCGUUGUUCUCUGGGAGCAGGACAGUAAGUCCUAUUAUGACAAAUUUUUGUGUGUCCAGAAAAUGUAUCACGAUGACACCCGUUUAAAAUGUGUCAGUCGUAUAUACAUCGGAUGUAUAUGGCUGGGAGUAUUCGCAAAAGUACCCACAAAAAAGUAUAGGUUCAAAACCUUUGCAAAGCUCCAGUUGGAUGACGGAUUUUCUGGAUUUUUCAACGGCGAGAAGCUUUCCAGUGCCCAAAAUUUUUCUACUUGCUGUAGAGCGUAGUCAUAGUCAUAUACAGUCGCCAUCUAUACCACUGGCACAUCGCAAGCCGGUGUCAUCGUGACACAUUUUCUGGACACAAAAAAAUUUUGCAAAUCCCAGGCUAUAUUCAUUUAGGGUUCGGACCGGGUAUAUACCCGGGUAUAUACCCAAAUACCCGAGAGGCCGGAAAUUUUCGGGUAUUUAUGGGUAUAUUCAAAGUACUUUUGCAUUCAAAAAAUGUAAAAAAAGUCGAGUUUUGUCAUAAAAAUGUUGACAUUUUUGUCAUAAUUUAUUUUUUGCUUCUCAAAACGUGGUUCUAAGGUUCAAAUUUACUUGGCCGGAGUCGGCAAAUGAACGGGAAAAAAAUCGAAAUCUGACUGCCAACUAUUGGAUUGCUAAACUUUCUCAUUGUUAAAGUACCAGUUUUGUUUGUUGUAGUUGGGAAAAUAAAGAACAUCACUCCAAACAUAAUUUGGUUAAUAAAUAAGUUGCCACUUAUUCAUUAACGACUUCUUAUUGGUACUAUAGUGGACUAAUUUAGCCUAAUUUUAUAAAUUUCCGAAUAUACCCGAGAUUUCGGGUAUAUACCCGGGUAUAUACCCGAGUGUUGAAUAUACCCGAAUUUUCCGAGCCCUAUAUUCAUUUAGCAGCGCUCCUUUGAGGGUGUAAAAAAAUUUUGGGCACUGCAAGGGUUCUCGUCGCUAAAAAAAUCCAGAAAAUCCGUCUGCCAACUCGCGCUUUGCACAAGUUUUGAAUCUAUAUUCUUCUUUGUGGGUACCUUGGGAGUACUGGCAGCCAUAUACGGCCGCUGUCUAUACCCACACAUUUUUAACCGGUGUCAUCGUGACACAUUUUCUGGACGAAUAGUUACAAGUCCCGGAGACAUCCAUUUAAUUCGGCGGUCAUCUAUUUUCCUGUGUUUCAGCCCUCGAUGACGACCGUCUUCAAACGAGAUUCACGGACCAAAAUGGAAGAUACGAAGUCUAUGGCUACGACACGGAAUGGACGAAAAUCACUCCGUAUCUGGUUGUGAAGCACAGCUGCAACGGUAGGCUUCGUUGAUCCUACUCUAAACUGAAUUCCAGGAAAGGAACAGGAGGUUAAGCAUUAUAUUCCCAAAACUUAUGUCUUUGUGGAAGGCUCCCUCAUUACCCCCUACCAAAAGGAUUUCAAUUUUAAUCGGACCGUCACCGCACCGCAAAACUAG